AUGAUGGAGGAAGGUCCACCGGCUCCCAAGGUUCUCCGAAUGUUCUUCUUCGUCGGCGCCGGAUUUUUAUGUACUUUCGCGAUCAAUAAAUGGCGUGAGAUGGAGAGAAACUCAAUCCUGAAACAGGAGGAGAAGAAUCAACAAGGAGAUGGAGGUUUAUUGCAUCAGAUUCCUGCAGAUUCGGUUCAGAAAGCCAUGAAAUGA